AUGUGGUUUCCAGCUUUGCUUUCCACCUUAGCUAAAUUGGAAAUGCCUCUACCAGUGAUCAAAUGGAUUGCAUCGUGGCUACAAAACAGAACUUUUUCAAUACAUUAUGGAGACACAAUCUCAAGAACUAUAAAGAUGCAUGUUGGGACACCACAAGGAUCAAUACUGGCUGCAAAGCUAUUUAGGCUUCACAUACACUUCUUACCAUCAAUUUUCUUCCAAACAACAGCAUACCCUUUUGCAGACGAUUUGGCUAUACUAAUGACAUGGUCACUUGAAAAGAAAUUUUCAUUAAAUAUUGUUGGACUAGAGGAAAGAGCAAAACAUGUGAUGUGUAUUUUAGAAAAAUACGCCGAAAAUAAUCUGUUACCAGUAAAUAUUAAAAAGACAAAGGCAGCCUUGGUGCACAAUGUUAUUGCUCCACAAUUACCAAAGCUAGAAUAUAAAAAACAAAAAAUUGAAGUCGUUCCUUCAUUCAAAUAUCUCGGGGGUAACAAUAAGACAAAACUUGGUUGGGGAUUAUAUAUCGAUGAUAAACUUAAAACAAUAAGAAAAACCUAUAAUGCAAUGAAAACUCUUUGUUUGCAAUAUUCCCAGAAGUGA